GAUCUCAUUCGGUAAUAAACAUGGCGGACUCGUUGCCAACAUAAACAACAACCAACUUUCUACCUGGAAAAUGGUCAAACACAAAGUAACUGUGAAGUUUGGACCGUAUAUGUCAUGUGGAAUAGUUGAACAUCGUACUGCGCGUUUGGAGGGGCUUCAAGCACUCUUAAGAAGCGAGGGACACACAGUAGAAUUUGUCAAAACUCCUGACAGAGAUGAUGUUGAGCUGGUAGUUCACGGGGAAAUAAUUUAUCGCUGUAAAAUUCAGGCGCUUCAAUAUGGGGGUGAUGGAAAACUUGAUCCAGUAUGUAAAGAAGCCCUUGCAGCUGUCAACAAAGCCUACUAAAUAAAUAAUUGUAUUUAUUCACCUGACAAGCAAAACUUGGUUUUUACAAAAAUGACAUUAACUUAGACUUGACCUUUAACAAAUGAAGUGUGACUUGUGUUCAAUUUCUCAGAUGCGAGUUUGAGGCUGCUGGUUCAUUCAUUCAGAUCAUGAGAUUAAUGGAAAUGGUUGCUAACCUAAGAAGCUUUGAUUAAAUAAUACACAAAUUCUCUCUGUCAGUACCAAAGGAAAUGUUUGGAGAAAAGUAUAGAGAAUAUUCAUACGGAUUUUAGGGUGCAAAGAGGUAAUUCUUAAACUGAGAUUUUGUACUUUGUUUACUGCUGGCUGUAAAUGGAUGGAGUGAUGAAGUUUCAUUCUUUAUUUCAAUGUCUGACGAGAAAAAUGUUUGAGCCUUUAUAAAUAAAAGAAACCACUACUUAUAUAG